AUGCGCUUCCAUGCCUUGAUUCGCACCCACCACAUUACCUCCCGCAAGAAAGUCGCUGCUCUCAAACGCGCCGCCGACACACACCAAUGCUUCGUCCUGCUACGGUCCGGCGGCUGCCCAGGAAUCAUGUAUGUCGAGGGUCGUGAUCAAACAAAUGUGGAGUCAUGGGUUACUGUUGUGCGGAAACUACGAUACAAGGAUUAUCAACUGGUUACUCGGCCUGGCGCGAUAGAAGCAGAGGGAGACGCUGAACCCUUACCCUCCCUCAUCGAUGGGCUCUCUGAGGUGGACAGUGUCAAGGAGUUCGGGGAAUUGAUGUCGAAGAGGAAAGUGUGGAACUGGUGGAGGAAAGGCAUGGGAUAUGCUUAG